AUGUUCGGCAGCUCCGCUGGCCCUCUCGAGGGCACAGCAGGACCAAUAUGCCAAAGCAACGUGCCAGAAUGGAUGCUUGGUCCAGAUGACCGAUCACAAAUGAUGGUUUUGAUUCUGCGUCGGAAACCAAACAACAACAGCACCAGCAAUAAUCCCGCAGAAGAUGCCCCCCUAUCAGAUUCAAUUAUAGUGGGGACAUCGAUCGAAUUGAAAAUUGGUACUAAAGCAACUAGAACGUUAAAUGCAUCUCGCGAAGGCCGAGGAUCGCGGUACAUCCUACGCACCAGCUCAAAAAAAAUAAUUGACAGUUUGAUGACAAUCACUGAACUGACAGACGGUACCCAGAUUGAAAUUGUUGCCCACCCUACACUCAACACAGUUCAAGGACUAGUGUAUGAUUCGGACACCAUCAAUAAAGACGAGCAGCUGAUCCAGGAAUACCUGAGAACUCAAGGUGUACAUUCAGUACGAAGAAUUAAAAAGCGCGUAAACGGCACCCUGAAAAAUACUCCCCUGCUGGUCCUCUCUUUUCACGGCACUGUACUCCCAAAACACAUAUACCUCGGACUUAUGCGUACACAGGUGCGUACGUACUAUCCGUCACCGAUGAUUUGCUUUAACUGCGGCCUCUAUGGACACUCCAAGAAACUCUGCCGACAGCCUGCAAUAAUAUGUCUACGUUGCUCGGUAACACACGAUAUACCCCAAGGAGAACAAUGCUCUAACGCACCACUGUGUUUGCACUGUAAGGCUGGACAUCAUAUAACAUCUAAGGAAUGUCCGAAAUACAAGGAAGAAGAAAAAAUCGUACGAAUGAAGACCGAUAGAAAUAUAUCUUUCACCGAAGCGAGGCGUUUAUGUACCGAAGCUGCGAAAAAGGACAGUUUUUCCAGUGUUGUUCAGGAACAAAUUCAACAAGAUCUGAUUGCGAAAGAUCAACUGAUAAAAACUUUACAAAAUCAAGUGGCAGUAUUAAAGAAAGAGCUCAUCACUUUGAAGAAAAGUAUGCAAUCACGUCACCAGAGUCAAACAAGAUCACCGCGCGAUCAAUCAAUUCCAACCACUACUACGAAACCACAUACUCAAUUAUCUCCGUGUUCAUCUCUGCAGAAAGAUGCAUGCGUACAGAAUGAACGUUUAUCUCGGAAAGAUCAAUCUUUCAUCUCUCCACCAACCAAGCGACGAGACAACCGCAAAGCCAACAACAACGAGCACUACAUGCAAACGCGUAGCAGAAGUGGUAAACGACAAUUGGAUAUCUCGCCGACAGAAACCAUCAAUGAUAGGGGCAAACGCAUUCCGGUGCCGUUGGACACAGGCAGCACACCUAUAUAUACUGGAAACAAUAAAGGACCGAGAACAUCGUAA